AUGCAUCUCACUGCGUAUCUUGUGCCACUUGUGGCCAACUGGGGUUGCUGGCUCACUGGGGUUGCUGCUUUUACCAACCCCAUCAAGACGGGUAGUGAUCCCCAGAUGGUUUAUCACGAUGGAAUGUACUACCUUACCUCAACAACAUGGACCGACGUCCAAAUCGCCGCCGCCUCCACGAUCGAGGGUCUCAAGACCGCCACAGCCAAGGUCAUCUGGUCGGAUCGAACAUCGGACCAAAACCGGGCUUGCAACUUUUGGGCACCCGAGAUGCACAAAGUUGACGGUCGCUGGCACCUCUUCUUCUCGGCCAGCGUGUGCAACCCGGACUGGGGCAUAGUUCUCCCCACCCUGAGGGUCUACACCCUGGCCGGCGGCGUCGAGAAUCCGCUUUCCGCAGAGUACGAACUCCUGGGGCCAAUCACACCUCCAAAUUUCACUGAUGGAAUGCUUGAUGCGAGCCCAGCCGGCGCCUCCCUCUGGAUCGCCAAACUCCUCUCUCCGACGAAAUGCACCAACGCCACCAUGAUUGCAGCUCCCGAGUUCGACUGGGAAAAGUCUGACUCGGCCGUCCUGGAAGGCCCGUACGGCCUCGUGUCGCCCUCGGGCACCAACUACAUCGUCUAUUCGGCCGACUCGUGCAACACCCCGGCCUACAAGCUCGGAGCACUCCGUUACGACUCGUCGACGGGGGGUGACGACCCGAUGAAUCCUGAAUCGUGGAGCAAGCUGCCCGACCCCAUCUUCACCACGGGCAACGGUCUCUACGGCCCCGCCCACAACGCCUUUUUCAAGAGUCCCGACGGGACUCAGGAUUGGCAGGUCUUCCAUGCAAACCUGAACGAGGGGGAUGGGUGUGGCACCACGCGCAAAACUUUUAUCCAGCCAAUUUCCUGGAGUGAUGACACACCCGACAUGGGUGUGCCCUUGCCUGUCGGCACUGAGAUUACACCCCCGUCGGGCCAGGGAUUAGCUGCUUGA